AUGUUAAAAACACAAUUGAAAUUAAUAAUAGUGUUAUUGGUAUCCGAAUGUAAAAUUAACCAAGAUUUUCCUGUAGCACUGUUGGUGAACAAUGUACAGCAAAAUACUCGAAAGCAUCAUCAUUCUGUGAUCUACAAUUACGGUGAUGGCGAUGUAGUAGACGUGUCUUGUGUAUGUUUAAAGAGUAAAUGUGACUUACAGAUGAAUUACGACUACGCCACAAUGUUGGACGAUGCAUUUAAGAGCAAGUAUUCGAGUUACGGAGUCGGCUUUCGCUUUAGGCUAGAGGUCGCGCAUAAUUACAGCCAAAUCACAUGCAACUGUAUCGACUGUCAGGAAACUAUUUUAGUUACCUUUAUUUUACAACAUGCGUUUAAUAAUGUACUCAAUCUUAAAAUAAACAGCUUAGUAGUAAGAGAAGUGAGACCAAGACCAGUAAAACGAUUCUAUAUCUUAAUGACAAAUGCUUUCCAAGAGAAGGAGUACAUAAAUAUAGAAUGUGACGCAAAUAAGGAAGACGUGGUCUUACACAUGAAUACAAACGCUCUAAGCCAAAACGCAAAGAUACGUUACUUAAAUCAAACCAAAAGGAACAUCCACUUAAAAAUAUCUUGUGAUAAUUGUCAUCUAACAUUUACAGCAGAGGAUGAAAAAAGAAAACAAAAGCAAAUGGAAUUACUAUUUGAAGUUAUACGUUUUCCUUUAUUAGAUAACAGACCGCAACUUGUUGUAGAUUUACCAAGGGAGAAAGUAUUAAUGGAUUUUUAUAAUUACGAGGGACAAAACGUCAUAUACUACGAGUUUGAUGAUGGUGACCGCUUGAAUCUUAAUUGUUACACGCCAUCCCGUUACACAUUUCAAAGUGUAAUAACUUUUAUAAGCCCAGUGACGAAGCAAAUUUCACCUUAUAGUAUUCAAAGCGAAUUUCAGUUAAGUUCGAGCUUAGAUAAUAAGACGAUUCAAUGUUUGUUAACACGUGGAACAGAUGAUACCGGCUCAAUUUCACAAGAAAAGUGGGGACAAGCUAUUAUAAGACUGCAUCAAAAAAAAAGAAAUACAUCAGAAUACUAUCAACUUCAAGACACAUACACGAUAAUCUUCUGUUCUCUAGCGGGCAUUGUUGUAAUAAUUCUUGUACUCUUUUUACUGUACCGCUAUUGGUGGAGAAGACGCCAGAAAGACUCUAGCAAGAUGUCAUUUGAUGAUAUCGCUUUGGAACUAAAGUCUUCAAGACCGACCACUCUAAGUACGUCGGAAAAUGAUUAUCACAUAUACGAGUGUAUUACUGACGAGAAAAGAAUAUCAUACCGUGGUAUUGAGAGAUAUGUUAAUAUCGCACAAGGUGCUGGAAUUAGUAGAAAAUGUGAAACAGGACUCUAUGCUAAUGUUUCCUAG